GUAUGUAUUUAUUUAUUUAUUGUCUUUAUGUCAAAAGAAAGGAGAUUUUUCCUCCUGCGCAACGGAACCGAAGAUUCGAUCCGGGAGAGGACAAAUCCAUUCAUGCAUCAUUGCAGUAAGCGUGCUUUCAGUGCCACACACCGCGCGGCACUUUUUAUGAACAGCUCUAUCCCGCGCCUCAUUUUUCUACUGCUCCGCCGAGCAAAGGAGCGUGUCCUUUUGCGAGUCACGAGCCCCCAAAAAUCCACAUGCUCUAAUUCAACUCUAUUUUAAUUUAAUCUGUUCAUCCUCAUCUAUAAAACCAAUCUUUCCCCAACACAGGGGCACUAUAAUCGAUGGGAUCUUCUCUCUAUUCUCUUUUUGUUCUCUUUUGUUACCUUCCGAGCCAUCCAGAUUUUCCGACAGUACUUCUAUCUAUGGCUACUGUUUCCAGCUAGAGCUUGAUUCGUUCUUGUUCAUGUCACCGACAGGUAUAGAAGAUGUCAGAGUUUCUUAGGCGGUGCCGCCUGACUUGACGACGGGAAGAGAAGUCUGCAAUCCCUCCUUGCAGAAGGACGUUGAUCCGACAAGGACGUCGUCGGAAGUUUAAAAAUGAAAAAGCAAAAUCCAAGCGGCACGCGCCGGGACGGCGAUGAUGAACGCGGCAAAGCUUAAACGGUGUUUCCGUCGGAUUCUCAUCACGUCUCUCGAUUUCCCGAGCCGGAGGGUGUGACGGCGUCUUUUCUGGCGAGGAGAAAUGCCGGGUAAUCUGGCCGCUGCGAAAUGAUCAUUUUGCCCUUCCCUAUGUAUCCAAUGACGACAAGGUCCUUUCCGUCCCUCCAUUUCCGUACUGCCACGCUGCUCUUUUGCUUUUGCUGCUGCUUUUGCUUCUUCCCGCCUUCCCACCCCCUACGGGAGGAAACCCAAGCGCUCCUCGCGUUCAAAAACCAUCUUAACGACCCCUACAAUGUUCUGGACUCGUGGAAGAGCGAUUCAGAAUCUCCCUGUAAAUUCCUGGGAAUCUCAUGCGACUCAAUUUCCGGACUCGUGACGGGAAUCUCGCUCGGCAACAAGUCUCUCUCCGGUGAGAUCUCGCCGUCGAUCUCCGCCCUCCGGAGUCUAAGAUCUCUUGUAAUGCCGUCGAAUUCUAUUUCGGGAAGUCUCCCAGCCAAAUUGCGCAGUUGUGACAAUCUUAGAGUGUUGAACCUGUCGAUGAAUGCGAUGAGUGGGAGCCUUCCGGAUCUUUCUGCUCUGACGAACCUCGAGGUUCUUGAUUUGUCGCUGAACAACUUUUCCGGCAAGUUCCCCGCUUGGGUGGGAAAUUUAACCCAAUUGGUUACACUGGACAUUGGUCAGAGUGGAUACGAAGAGAGUGAAAUUCCAGACGGUCUUGGAAAUCUGCAGAACUUGACUGAACUUAACUUUCGUAGUUCGCAUUUGAGAGGCGAAAUCCCAGAAGCUAUUUUUGAAUUGAAAGCCUUGCAAACAUUGGACUUAUCGGACAACAAAAUCUCCGGGAAAUUACCCAAGUCAAUUUCAAACUUGCGAAAUCUGAGCAAGAUUGAGCUCUUUGAUAACAACUUGACAGGAGAAAUCCCGGCUGGGCUUGCAGGCCUCACGCUUUUGCGUGAAAUUGAUCUUUCCAGGAACAAUAUGUAUGGAAAAUUGCCGGAGGAGAUUGGAAACCUAGAGAAUCUGGCGGUUUUCCAAUUAUAUCAGAACAACUUCUCUGGAGAACUACCCUCCGGCUUUGGAAAUUUGCAGCAUCUCAUUGGGUUUUCCAUCUACAAGAACAGUUUCUCAGGGCAAUUCCCUGCCAACUUUGGCCGAUUCUCACCGCUAGUGAGCAUAGACAUAUCAGAGAAUCAAUUUUCAGGUCGCUUCCCGAAGUUCUUGUGUGAAAGCAACAAGUUACAAUACUUCCUUGCUCUGGGGAACAAUUUUUCCGGGGAACUUCCAGGCUCCUAUGCCUACUGUAAGUCUGUUGUGAGGUUCAGGAUCAAUAAAAACAAUCUCUCUGGAAAGAUUCCGGAUGGGGUUUGGGCAUUGCCAAAUGCACAAAUAAUAGAUUUUAGUGAUAAUGCUUUUAGUGGAGAGAUGUCUCCAUCUGUUGGGAUUUCUGCCACCCUGAAUACGUUGUUUUUGGAUAACAACCAGUUUUCUGGUGCACUUCCAAAAGAACUUGGCAAUCUCGCAAUGUUAGAGAAACUCGAUUUCAGUAAUAAUAGAUUCUCUGGCAGCAUUCCUUAUGAAUUUGGUGCUUUAAAGCAUUUAACGUCUUUACACUUGGAAGAAAAUUCAUUGACAGGAUCAAUACCAGCAAAACUGGGUCAAUGUAAUAGGUUGGUAGACUUAAACCUUGCGGGGAAUUCACUCAGUGGUAAGAUCCCAGCUUCAAUAUCAGAGAUGAGCGCUCUGAACUCUCUGAAUUUAUCUGGAAACAAAAUUACAGGUUCAAUUCCAGAAAAUUUAGCACAAUUGAAGUUAAGUUCCAUUGACUUGUCUGAAAACCAAUUAUUAGGAAGAGUUCCAUACGAUCUUCUGGCCAUGGGAGGGGUCCAAGCAUUUCUUGGGAACAGGGGACUCUGUAUUGAUCUAAAUUCAAGAACCCCCACUAAUCCUAUGAUGAAGAUUUGCAAUGGAAAGCAUGGACAUCAAAGGGUUGUUGAAGAUAAGCUGGUUUUGUUCUGCAUCAUAUUGUCUGCCUUGGUUGUUAUUUUGGCUGCUUCGUUGUUCAUGAGUUGCAGGCGUUUCAAAAUGAGUGAAACUUUCUUAGAAAAUGAUAUGGAAGGCGAGAAGGAAAUAGAUCUGAAGUUAAAACUUCAGUGUUUCCACCAAGUGGAAUUGGAGGCAGAUGAAAUAUGUAAUUUGGAGGAAGAUAAUUUGAUUGGGAGUGGAGGUACAGGAAAAGUUUAUCGAUUGGAUUUGAAGAAAAAUGGUCCUACAGUGGCUGUAAAGCAACUUUGGAAGGGAAAUCGAGUAAAGGUUAUGACAGCAGAAAUGGAAAUUUUAGGGAAGAUCAGGCAUAAGAAUAUAUUGAAGCUUUAUGCUUGUUUAGUGAAAGGGGGGUCCAGUUUUUUGGUGUUGGAGUACAUGACAAAUGGUAACUUGUUUCAGGCACUUCACAGACAGAUCAAGGGUAGCUGGCCAGAAUUGGAUUGGUGUCAGAGAUAUAGGAUUGCUCUGGGAACUGCAAAAGGGAUAGCCUAUCUUCACCAUGAUUGCUCUCCUCCUAUCAUGCACAGAGAUAUAAAAUCUACAAACAUUUUGCUCGACAAGGAUAAUGAGCCAAAAAUUGCUGAUUUUGGGGUUGCCAAGAUUGCGCAAGAGUCUCAUCAGGUUUUUGAAUCUAGCUGUUUUGCUGGCACUCAUGGUUACAUUGCUCCUGAGCUCGCGUAUAGCGUUAAAGUGACGGAGAAGAGCGAUGUGUAUAGUUUUGGGGUGGUGCUAUUGGAAUUAGUAACAGGUAGAAAAGCAGUAGAAGAGGAAUAUGGAGAAGGAAAGGAUAUUGUGUAUUGGGUAUCAACUCAUCUGAAUGACCGGAACAAUGUUCUUGAAGUUGUGGACCACAGCUUGGCAUUUGAUUCUUCUGUGGUCCAAGAAGACAUCAUCAAGGUCCUGCAGGUGGCUGUUCUCUGUACCAACAAGCUCCCAUCCGUGCGCCCCAAUAUGAGAGACGUGGUAAAAAUGCUUAUUGAUGCUGAUCCUUCUGCUAGUAGGUCUCCCCGCAAUUUUUCUGAUAAAAAUGGGAAGCAGCUCUUUAUCUAGUUCUGCAUGCAUGCUCUCUCCAUGCAUAUAUAUAUAUAUAUUCACCAAAUUUUGGUGGAUAGAAUAUGUCGCUGUUUUAAUUAGUAGGCACAAUUUUAAACUUCAGUUUACAGUCAUAUACUUUUGUGAAUAAAAUUAUACUUUUAUUUGUUUC